AGUUCUGUCUAUAGCAGCUUUGCAAGCACAGCACGUGGAAAGAAAGCAAAUUAGGCUGAGGAAAAGGAUGGCUGACACUAUUCACAGAAUCACCAGUGGAUAGGAACAGUAGAAUGCACAGGACUGGUCCACUGAAAGAAAAAAAUGAGGGGAAUUGCAGCAAGGAAAUAGCAUUGAACAAGGAAAAGAGGGUUUUGGCUUAAAUAAUUUUUUUGUCAGCAUAAACAGCUAUCUUAGCCAAAGGGAAUUCACGCAUUCAAAAAGAUUGAAGUAAAUUGAAAUUUGGAAUACAUUAAGAAAUUACAAAGAAAGGAACUGUACAAUGAACUGGUAGCACAGACACUUUGCUAACAAGGAAGAAUGGGAGCUACAGAUGUGCAAACUGUGAUCCAAAUUCACCUGAACUGCAAAAGAAGAACCCCGCAAGGCCAGACAACACACAAAGGAGCUGGCUACCUUGGAUGGAGAGAAUGCUUUGAUGAGAAAGCCUCUUCCAAACGAGGACUUGUCUGAAUAAUCCAUCCCUGGCCAGUGCUGAGAUCAGACAGAAUGGAUGGUGCACUGGCAUAUCAGUGAAACAUUCUUGCUCAGUUUCCUUAUGAAGAUAGCCCUUUCCAUCUGGCAAUUUAGCAUGAAGUGAGUUGGUAUUAUGGAAGGUCCAUUUCCUACUCAAAAGCCUUCCAAAGAAGGACUGGGCAAAAAACACUGUGCCAGUUAUUGUGGCUGAAGAGCUGAACUUGUGGCUCUAGUGCAACAACAUGUGAAAGAAGAGAUUAAGGAGGCCCUUACAGAGACAAAAGAACAGCAAAAGGAACAGCUUCUGGUUUCUGUGAGCUGAUGAAAUGGGUACAACAUUGUUGUCUGCUUAUCUGAUGUCCACAUCCUCUAAGGACCGCUAGGAAACUGAACAAAAAAUGGACUAUCUCUGAUGAGCACUGAUGAGAGAAGUACUUGUGAUACAAGUCUAAGGAAGUCAAAGCUUCCGCUAAGAGACACAGCUACCUAGUGAUAUCUGCAUUUUACAUCUGCUGUAUACUGCUGUGUGGGUAACACCUCCCUGGCAGAGCUACCUGAAGAGGAGCAAGAGAUUCUGCGCCCUUAAAGCAAAGAAGAUUCUUCACAUCAUCUGGGAAGAAAGGAGCAGAAAAGAACUGGGGGAAAAAACAUGAGUUCUUCAAGUACAGAGUCCCUUGAAGUCGAACCCUCAACCUUUUAUGAGUAUUACGACAGUUAUUACGAUGCUCCAAAACUAUGCAGUAAAGAAGGCGUCAGGAGGUUUGCAGCCUCCUUCCUACCUGUUCUGUAUUCCCUGGUAUUCCUGGUCGGGCUCGCUGGAAACGUUCUGGUCAUCGUGGUCCUCUUCAAAUACAAGAGGCUGAAGAGCAUGACUGAUGUGUACCUGCUAAACCUCGCCAUCUCAGAUUUGCUCUUCGUUUUGUCCUUGCCGUUCUGGUCUUAUUUCACAGUAGACGAAUGGGUUUUUGGAACUCCCUGGUGUAAAAUCAUUUCGUGGAUCUACCUGGUUGGGUUUUACAGUGGGAUAUUUUUUAUUAUGCUUAUGAGCAUAGACAGAUACCUGGCAAUUGUUCGUGCAGUGCUUUCCUUGAAAGCAAGGACCACCUUCCAUGGCUUGAUUACUAGCCUUGUUGUGUGGCUAGUAGCUCUCUCAGCCUCAGUCCCCGAGCUUGUAUUUAGAGAGUCUUUUAAUGAACAUAAUUUUACUACCUGCAAGCCGAUAUUUCCAGGCAAUUUCACAACAUGGAAGCUUUUUUCCACUUUGGAAGUCAACAUUUUAGGGCUCCUAAUCCCUUUUAUAAUUAUGACAUUUUGCUACUCCAUGAUCAUUAAAACAUUAGUUCACUGUAGAAAUGACAAAAAGAAUAAGGCUGUGAAGAUGAUUUUUGUUGUCAUGAUUGUGUUUUUCUUUUUUUGGACCCCCUACAACAUUGUUAUUUUCUUACAACUGCUGGAAUUUAUGGGAGUCAUUAAAGACUGUCAAGUGAGCAGGAAUCUGGACUAUGCUUUCCAGGUAACGGAAAUCCUCGGCCUUUUCCACUGCUGCCUCAACCCAGUCAUCUACUUCUUCAUGGGGGAGAAAUUUAAGAAGUACCUGAAGAUGCUCUUUAAGAACUGGCAGUUACCAGGGUAUUUCUGCAAGUGGUGUGGAGUUCACACCACUUACCACACUGAAUCUACCAGUUCAUUCCACACACAAUCUACGGGCGACCAAGAUGCUCUGUAACACAUUUCAGACCAGCCACUGAACUCAGCAGCAGGGACUUUGAAAAACAGGAACAUUGAAAAGCUAAGCAAAUGCAGACACAUUUAACAAUAAGCUAGUGCCGGAUAAUUACUUACUUCAGCUUUAUUUGUGCCUCUAGAUUUUCUGAGUAUUACGAGAGAAGGUGUCCCAAAUGUGGAAGAUGGAGGAUGGACAGGCAAGGUUUCUCUGCUGUGAUUACAAAUCACCGCUCAGCUCUGUGCAAAGCACUGCAUUGUGUGGCUCCUUUUUCACCAGCAUCAAGACAUUGGCCUGCAUGGAGGGGCAGAGGUGAGAGAGCACCUUGCCAUCAGCACAUGCACUUGGAAAACAUAUCCAUGUAUUCAAGAAGGUUGAUUGUAACCAUUCUUUUUUAUUCUGCAGUUGAUCUGUGUAGGACUUGUGACUCUUAGGCAGCUAUUAGCAGUACCUGCUACAUUUAAAUGUUUCAUUUCAGUGGGGAUGAUAUAUCCCCUGUCAUUAAGAAAAAAAGGACAAAAUAUAUUCUCUACGUGCACAAAGACUCAAAGCAAAGCCAUUACUUUUCAUUGUAGGUGCAUUUUCUUUCAGGUUGACAUACAUGACUACAUGUAGGUGUAUAUAUAGGCAUUUUGAAUUACUUUAUCAUUGUAAUUAAGGAUAGCACUUCUGUAUUUUAAUUAAAAUGGAAAAUAUUUUGAAUAUUUUUGAAUAAAAGUGUUUAAAAAAACUUAUUUUCCAGCAAGCAUGAAUAAAUUUGAAACAUCUUGGUUAAAAG